AUGGCUUCUACCACUUCCUCUCCGCCUCCGGAGACGGCGUCGUCGCAGAACAAGCGAAAGGCCUCAGCCGCCGGUCUGUCUGCAGCCAAUCGACCGAUUAAGCGAAGAGCGUCCCGUGCUUGCUGUUGCUGUCGUGCACGCAAAGUCCGUUGUGAUGUCGUUGAAAACGGCUCGCCYUGUACCAACUGCCGUUUGGAUCAAAUGGAAUGCGUUGUCACGGAAAGUCGCAGGAGAAAGAAAUUUCGUGUCGAUGCCGAAGUCAGUAAGACAACACCAGACUCCCCCACUGAGCUGUCUGAAGAUGUGGCGAAACGACGAACUUCAAGUCAUGGCACAGAUGCGUUCGACCAGCUAGGUCUAGAUGGUCUUACAACGCAGGACGAUUCCUUAUCGCCAUUCCAAGAAUCCAUUGAAUUGGAUCAAGGGCAGCACAUGCCACAUUUCAUUUAUCAAUCACAAGGUUCGCACCUUGAUAACGAAAUCCCAGAAAGGCAUUCGAGCUAUUCUCAGUCAAUGUCGAUUGCAGCUAAUAUAGGGCCGAAUGUUGCCGAUGCCAUCCAACAUUUACUCACUCCUUCAGGACAAACAAAUCAACUGCCAAACUACAUUAGACGCCUUCCACAGCGUUUACAGGCCGAAGAUCUUAAUUACUUGCAGGCAAAGGGUGCCUUGACCAUUCCGGACAGAGCUCUGCGAGAUGAAUUACUCAAAGCUUAUAUCCACUAUGUUCACCCAUACAUGCCUCUGCUCGAUUUGGAAGAAUUUCUUCAAAUUCUCGCCCGCAACGACGGAACCCAUCACGUAAGCUUGCUUUUGUUCCAGGCCGUGAUGUUUGCUGGUACCGCUUUUGUGGACAUGGGAGCCCUGCGCAAUGCUGGGUAUAAUAAUCGAAAGUCAGCCCGGAAAGUAUUCUUUCAAAGAGCAAGAUUAUUGUAUGACUUUGACUAUGAAGUGGAUCGCAUCUCUUUAGUUCAAUCCCUCCUGCUCAUGACCUAUUGGUACGAAACACCAGACGAUCAAAAGGACACUUGGCACUGGAUGGGUGUGAGUUUGUCUCUUGCCCAUACGAUAGGUCUUCACCGGGACCCCAGCAACUCGGGCAUGGGACCACGACGAAAACAGCUAUGGAAACGAAUUUGGUGGAGCACGUAUACGCGAGAUCGACUUAUUGCGUUGGGUAUGCGCCGGCCGAUGAGGGUCAAGGACGACGACUGCGACGUGCCCAUGUUGACGCUGGACGACUUUGAGUUCAAGAAGUUUCCUCCCGAGGUCUUGAAUAUGCUUGGCGAGUGCGAACUCCUCACGAAUACCGAAUAUCAACGACAUUUGGCCAUGAUGUUCGUUGAAAAGGCCAAGCUUUGUCUUUGCGUGAGCCACGUUCUAUCCGCCCAGUACUCCGUUCUCAGCCACCGGUUCGGAGGUACGACUGAAACCACGAUGAUGCUUGUGCCGAAGAAGUCGGAAGCCGGCACCAUUCAAGUCCAAAAGUGCGACGAGGAGCUGGAACAAUGGCAAGCAAAUUUGCCUUCUGAGAUUCAAUACACACCGCUUGAAGGCGUUAGCUCUCUUUCAUCUGCCGAAUCAUCGUUGCAAGUGCAUCGCUCUUUACUCCGGAUGAUUUACCUCACGACAUCUAGUGCUCUGCACCGACCACAAGUGCUUCCCGCAAUGCCUUCACCAGCUGUCGAGGCUGCUUUACAAGAAGUUUCUCGCAGCAAAGUGCGUUACGCAGCAAUCGAGAUUACCAACACCGCACAGCGCCUUCACCAGCUCGAUCUUACGCGUUACCUUCCAACUGCCGGGGUUACUGUGCUUUUGCCUGCGGUCAUUAUUCAUUUACUGGACGUCAAAUCCAACGAUGCCAACGUGCGUAUGGUUAGUCUACAGCGGUUCUACCGAUGUAUGCGAAUUUUGCAGCGGCUGCGUGAGAUCUACGCAUCUGCCGACUUUGCCACUUCAUUCUUGGAAGCCGCUAUCCGAAAGGCUGGCAUCUCGCUUAAUCUUUCCGAUCUAGAUGAGCAUGAACCAGCUGCUCCUACCGAGACUAUCCGUCCAGCAGCGUUGACGCCACCCCCAGAGUCUUUGGCGACCCAGAAAGUGCCCGAUCUUACUUAUUCUUCGAGCUUCAACGCACCAUCCGUUGGCUUUAUCCCAGCUGAAACGACGCACAGCACAACCUUGAAUCCGUUCGAUGUCGCGACGCCGCCACACUCCAACAGCAGCGAAAACGGAAGUACCCAAAACCUCAACCCGAACCUGUUCAAAGCUCAGCCCGACAUGAGUCUCAACGACUUCAUUGACCUGGCCAACGACGCCGAAGUCACUCAAAACGACUUCGAUGCUCUCCUCAAUUUCGAAGAUGGCGGCGCCGACCUAUUCGGCGCCGAAGACGGCAUAAUGGCAUUCACCUUCAACAGUAACGUCAACACCAACAACCAUACCCAGCUCGAGAAACAGCCUCAAGCCAAGCCCGAUUUUGACUACCUCCCUGAUUUCACUCAUGAUGGCAACAUUAAUAAUUUGUUUAAUUACGAUUACACCAAGCGGAACGACGGCUUCUCCGGGGAUGUCGAUCCUGACAUGGGUCUAUCCUUGAAAUUAUGA